AUGUUCGAACCCUCCUCUAAAAUAAGAGAAGCCUCCCAUGCAGGGAGUUGGUACAUUGGAGACGGCAAGCAAUUGGAUGCCCAAUUGAACGACUUCUUAUCAAAAGCCAAAGGAGAAACCAUCCCAAACAUAAAAGCCAUCAUCGGGCCACACGCUGGGUUUUCAUAUUCAGGUCCAACAGCUGCCUUUGCAUAUUAGCACUUAGUUUAAAAAGAAAGAAUGAGAGUCUUUCUACUUGGACCUUGCCAUCAUACUUACAUCAAAGGAAUUGGGUUAUCUGAGUUAGAACAGUACGAGACUCCACUUGGCAACAUUGAGUUAGAUUAACCAACAAUAAAGCAAUUAAGUGCAGAAUUGAAAAAAAACUAUGUGUUUACCAAUAAGGACAUUGAGGAACAGGAGCACAGUUUAGAGAUGCAUCUGCCUUUCAUUUACAAGAUAUUUCCAAAAUGCAAACUUAUCCCCAUUAUGGUUGGUGCAACUAGCGAGGAACAAGAUGCUUAAGUGGCAAGUGUACUUGUCAAAUACUUCGUUGAUCCGAACACGGUGUUUGUCAUAUCAUCUGAUUUCUGUCAUUGGGGAAAGAGAUUUCAAUACACUCCUUAUAAUAAAGAACAUGGAGAAAUUCAUUAAUCUAUAGCAUAAUUAGAUGGAUAAGCCAUCAAAUUGAUUGAGUCUCAUAAUAUUAAAGAAUUUUAUAAGUAUCUUGAUGAAACAGAGAAUACCAUUUGUGGUAGACAUCCGAUUUGUGUUUUACUAAAUAUAAUUAACCUAAGCAAAUUGCAAUUAAAAACAUAAUUAGCCAGGUAUGCUCAAUCGAGUCAAGUGACAAAACCAAAUGAUUCCUCUGUGAGUUAUGCAGCAUUGGUGACUAGUUUAAUUUGA